AUGGUUGCUCUAUCAGAGGUCCAUUCAUCGAAUGAGGCCAUUCCAAAGACGCUACAACCGGACAUAGUGGCUGUUUUCGUUGGUGCGACCAGCGGAAUUGGUAAAGCGUCUCUUUUUCACUUUGCGCAGCACACCCGACAACCGCGAAUCUAUUUUAUCGGUCGCUCGCAGCAAGCCGCCGAUGAUAUCCUAAAGCAGCUUGAGGGUAUCAAUAUGGAUGGCCGGUACGAGUUCAUCAAAGCCGAUGUGAGUCUGCUUAAUGUCGUCGACGAAGUCUGCUCGAAGAUCCGCGAGAAGGAGAUACGGAUCGAUAUUCUGUUCCAGAGCCAAGGCACUCUAGACAUAAGCACAGAAACAACUGAGAAAUUGUCUCUCGUCAUGGCUCUCGGUUACUACUCUCGCAUGCGCUUCAUCGCCAAUUUACUUCCAAUGCUCCAACACUCAUCAAUAAGUCGAGUGGUGAUCGUUCUUGCAGGAACUAAAGAAGGACCUGUGAACACCAACGAUAUACCAGCAAAGAGGGUCCUACCCUGGAGAGCGCGUGGUCAUCUUUGUUCGAUGAUCACACUGACGCUCGAACAUUUUGCAAAACUGGCUCCUGAAGUAAGCUUUGUACAUGAUUACCCCGGUUUCGUGGACACGCCCCUUUCACAAUCGAUGAAGGGGGUCUUAGGAGCUGUUAUGAAAUCUGUGUUUCGGGUUACAAGUCUUUUCUCUACGAGAGAGUAUGUUUCUCUCGAUGAGACGGGUGAAAGACAUGUUUAUCUGGCGACAAGUGCGAGGUUUUCAUCGAAGAAGCCAAAGAUUUUGUCAUUACAGAAUAACUCUACACUGCUAGAUGUGGUGGAGAUUGCUGUUGGUAGUGAUGGAGCUGUUGGAAGUGGUGUCUACAUCGUGGAUGAGAAUUGUGAGAGUGGUGAUGCAGAUGUGCAGAGGGUUUUGAACACUCUCAGACGAGAUGGAAUAGAUGAGAAGAUAUGGGAGCAUAUGGAGAAAGAAUUUCUGAGAACCACUGGGAAGAAAGCGAUGUUGGGGGAGCAGUAA